UGAACGCUGAACGGAACACCAGCUGCAUCUCAAGAGCUGAAGUGGACAGACGAAGAUGGCGACCAUGACCGGGCGCUGCUACUCGCCCUCCGUCAUGCGGCUCCAGCCACAGCUCAGCCCUCCGCCGCAGCUGAAACCCGCCGUGGGAAGAGGAAGAGGAGGACGGGGGCGGCAGAGCUUGCGGGUGGCCGCAUCUGCGGCCAGUGGCGCGGCAGCGGAGCCCGUGAAGGCGGCCACCGACGCCGAGUUCUUCCAGCCCUCCGACACCAGGCCCAUCAUGCUCUUCGACGGCGUGUGCAACCUCUGCAACGGCGGCGUACGGUUCGUGCGGGAGCGCGACCCCGGCAGGAGCAUCAGGUACAUCCCUCUGCAAAGCGAGUCCGGGAGGAAGCUGCUGCGGAGGUCAGGGAGGUCUCCCGACGACAUCUCCAGCGUCGUCCUAGUUGAGAAAGACAGGUCCUACAUCAAGUCCGAUGCAGUGCUGAGGAUCAUGGAGUACCUUAACCUGCCCUUCCCCCAGCUGGCUGCUUUCCUGAACAUUGCCCCUCUGUUUCUGAGGGACUUCGCGUACGACAACGUGGCGAACAACCGGUACCUGGUGUUCGGCCGCUCAGAGUCAGAAGCAUGCGAGAUACUCUGAAUUUCUGCCCCGACGCUUUGCAUUACAGUAAGAACUUGUAGACAUGAGAAUAUAUAUGACCAUACAGUAAGAACUUGUAGACAUGAGAAUAUGUAUGAGAUAGCACCAACCAAAAAUAGAAGAAUCCUUCUAAUUUCGGCGGUACUCUA